AAAGAGAGAGGCGGUGGCCGAUGGGGGGAGAGCGGAGGGGUUUGGGGCUGGUGGUCGCUGCUGAGACGCUCGGAAGCCAGCUGCUAUCCUGCCUCCCCGAAAGCUAGCACCAUGACCCUUACCAAAGGUUCCUUCACCUAUUCCAGUGGAGAGGAAUAUCGUGGGGAGUGGAAGGAAGGGCGUCGGCACGGUGUUGGGCAGUUGACAUUUGCUGAUGGCAGCGUUUACCUGGGACACUUUGAGAAUGGCCUCUUCAAUGGCUGUGGGGUGCUCACUUUUGCAGAUGGCUCCAGGUAUGAAGGAGAGUUUGUCCAGGGAAAGUUCAAUGGUGUUGGAGUCUUCACUCGCUAUGACAACAUGAUCUUUGAAGGAGAAUUCAAGAGUGGUCGUGUUGAUGGCUUUGGACUUCUGACUUUCCCUGAUGGCUCCCAUGGAAUCCCCCGCAAUGAAGGCUUUUUUGAGAACAACAAGCUGUUGCGACGGGAGAAGUGCCAGGCAGUGGUUCAGCGUGCACAGAGUGCCUCCAAACUGGCGCAUGGUCUCACAGCAUGAUGAGACAAGCUCUAAGCAGCCCUACCCUGGGACUCUCCCAUGAAACUGCAGACUAAGACCCAGGGUUUGGGAGGAAUGUGGAGUGUAGAAAUUACAGAGACAAAUACCAUCUCUUUAAGGUAGAGGACCCCAACCCAGCUCAGUUGGACAGCCUGCCCAGACUGCUUUUAAAACAUCCUGGCCCUCAUAGUGUGCAUUGGUGCCAAACUUCAGUUACAGAACAACCCUUCCAGACAAAGCAUCUGCCAUUCCUGAGGCAGUUACACUCCCUUUGUUGGGAGUAUUCUCUAUAGAAGGUCUGCUAGUGCUAAAUUCCCACAGCCAUGGUGGCUACAUUGAAGGUUGCUGUAUUCGUACCCUCUUCCUUCUCCCUCCCCCCAAUUGGUAAGGGAGGAGUGACUUGUUAAUGUACAUUAUGGGAAUGCAUAAGGUUAGUUUACAUCUUUCCUCACUUUGAAACCAGUGCAGCUGGGAGGUUGUGACUUAGUUGUGCUGGUCUUCAGUGGUCAGAGUUGGAAUCUGCAUUUAGCACAUCAUUCAUUCCCUUCCUAAGUUCUCUGGGUCUCACAUUUUUUUCUCCUCCUCUCCCCCCCCCCCCCCACUCUGAGACUCAAUCUGUGUCAAAAACAAAGAAAUGAAAAAUUGAUCUGUAGAGUAGAAUUCUAGACCUUCUGAAUGUGCCUUUUCCCCAAUCUUGUAGAUCAGUACAGGGAAUGAAGCCUGAGCUACGCUGCCUGCCCAUAUUGUUACCCAAUGUAUCUGGGGCCUUUUGCCAUUAUUUGUUGUAGGUUUCUUCUGCUUCUUCUUUAUCCUGUUAAUGUGAGCCCUUUCACUGUGAGUGUUUGGUUUGCUCCCUGGGUUAACAACAGUCUUUCCUUAUGUAGGAUACUUGACCUAGGGGGCCUAGAAGGAAGGGAUCAAUUUUGCCUCCAGCACUGUUGCAUGGCAUCCAUGCACUGUAGUGUCACAUAGGCAGGGACUGUGUAUAUUCUAAACUUGAAAAAAAAUUAAAUUCUGACCAGGAAUGCUGUAUGCAGUAAAUGGCACUGAUUAUACAAAAUAAUAAGUAUGCAUAAAGCUGCUUAUUUUGCAUAACUGCUGCUUUUGUAGUCAUAGGAAGAGGCAAUGAGCUUGGUAGAAAAUUGGAGCCUAACUGCUAGAAGUUUGAUCAGACAUUGCCUACUAGCUUUCUAGCCUAUUUUUGCAGCUUGAACAACUAGAAUUUUGCUUUAAAAAUAACCAGAGCUGAGAUCCUCAAAAUACUGACUUUGAUGGCCAGUACUGAAUUCUGUAACACAGUCACGGAAUCAUGGCAUGCACGUGGCCCUGUACAUCCCCAGCCUAAGUGGUUACCAUCCCUCUUCUGCCCACUGGGUCUAAUGUGAUUAUUGUUCCCAGAUAUAUAGUGCAAUCCUAAGCAACAUUACACCCUUCUAAGACCACUGACUUUAUGACUUGGGUGUAACUGCUUAGGAUUGCACUGAUAUUCAUGCAGCUCCUCACUCUCCCACACACACCCCUUAAAAGCAUUUUGGUGGGAGAGAGAAGCAAAUAUUGGAACCUACAGUAGUGGGACAACUUACAAUAAUGUACAGUUUGAAGAUUGAUGGCCAUCCCUAAGUCAUAAGUGCAAGCUAAGCUGUGGAAGUCUUCUGGUAAGAUUCUUUUUAAAAAUAUAGGCUGAAUGGAAAUGCAGGGCUGGGGUAAUACGGAAAAUCAGUUGUGGGUGGACAGCAAGAAAGACUGAAAGUGAAUGGUGGAGGACAAGGGAGAGUUGAGAUUGAAUGGUCUUUGAAGAGCUACUCUGUUUCUGUGCAGCCACUUCAUGUUUGUGUGCACUAGAAUCAAUCAUGGGAUUGUCUUGAGACUGAGGGUGUUCUUAGCCAAGCAUUGACCCGCAUGGUGUGUGUCCCUAAGUGCCAUGCUGGAGCCUGCGUGACCAGCCCACCUCCACACUGAAUGUCUGCGUGUCAAUGCCACCCUCGUGCCUUUCUGUCUCUGCCCAUGUACGGGCCUUGGCCAAAUAAAGAAUUGCUGGAU